AUGGCUAGGAUUCAGCCAAAACACUGGAUUUUGAUAUUGCUGGGUGCAAUCCUGAGUGGUUCUCUUGUUGCAGUUUCAGUUUUGGUUUUGGCUGAACCAAGUUUGACACAAGAAGGGUCAAGGACUGCUGAAGCCGAGUCUCAUCGUGCAAUGAGAAUAUUGAGGCUUGUACGAGAAAAAGGCCGAGUAGGUUAUACGCAUGUUUGGCCGGAAAUGAGAUUUGGCUGGAAAAUUGUUCUGGGUAGCAUAAUUGGAUUCUUUGGAGCCGCAUGCGGGAGUGUGGGAGGUGUUGGUGGUGGUGGUAUUUUUGUUCCAAUGCUUACGCUGAUCAUUGGGUUUGAUGCCAAAUCAGCCACAGCGAUGUCAAAAUGUAUGAUCACAGGAGGAGCAGCUGCAACAGUUUACUACAACUUGAAGCUAAGACAUCCUACACUUGAGCUGCCCAUAAUUGACUAUGACCUGGCUCUUUUAUUCCAACCAAUGUUGGUGCUUGGAAUUAGUAUUGGAGUCGCUCUCAAUGAGGCUGCUAGAAGCUUGGAAUCUGAUGAUGGCAGAAAUGAAGAAGUUGACGGCGAACCUCCUCCUGGAGGCUCCACAGAUGGUGCUCAAACAGAAACCAAGGAAUCUAAAAAAGAGCAUGUGAGAGCGAGAGUACCUGUCUCUAUUAUGGAGAAUGUUUACUGGAAGGAGCUUGCACUCCUUGUUGCUGUCUGGUUGCUCAUUCUUGGAUUACAGAUUGGCAAGAAUUACUCGACAACCUGUUCAAUGGCAUAUUGGCUAUUGAACAUAUUGCAGAUCCCAGUGGCUUUUGGCGUGAGUUCAUAUGAGGCAUUUAGCCUGUACAAAGGGCGAAGAAAGAUUGCCUCCAAGGGAGAUGCAGUCACAAACUGGAAGAUAAGCCAGCUCUUUCUUUAUUGUAUGAUUGGCCUGUUGGCUGGUAUAAUUGGUGGGAUGCUUGGACUUGGUGGAGGAUUCAUUUUGGGCCCUCUUUUCCUGGAGAUGGGAAUCCCCCUCAGUGCCACAGCCACCUUUGCCAUGAUGUUUUCUGCAUCCAUGUCUGUCGUGGAAUAUUAUCUUCUCAAGCGUUUCCCAGUUCCUUAUGCUCUUUACUUCUUUGCUGUUGCAACCAUUUCUGCCUUCGUUGGGCAACAUGUGGUAAGAAAGCUGAUCCGUAUACUGGGAAGAGCAUCUCUGAUCAUAUUCAUUCUUGCCUUCACCAUCUUUGUGAGUGCAAUAUCACUAGGUGGUGUUGGCAUAGCUCACAUGGUCAAAAGGAUCGAGAGGAAGGAGUACAUGGGAUUUGAAAACAUUUGUUCAUAG